CAGCAGGAGAGAAAGGGACCUGAUGAGAGGGUGGCUUGUCUCUUCCUCCACCCUCCUUCCCUCUCUAAAACCCCACCCUGUACCCGCCUCUCUUGAACCCUUUCUUCCUCCCCCCACCAGCUGCUCAUAUUCCCCAGAGCUUCCUCUCUCUCUACAAUCUCUCUCCUCCAAAGGAUCCAAGAAGUAUCAUUGCUGUUCUGUACCUCCAUCUCCAAUCCCAAAACAACUUCUCAGUUCAGCUCGGCUCACUGAAUUCCCCUGCUCCUGAUCUGUUUCUUGACCUCUUCUUGCCACAGAGGAGUGCAGCAGAUACAAAGACAGGAUAUUUUCACUCCCUCUUUCUCCAAGGUGUUGUUCUUGGUGUUUUGGUCAAUUAGAACCCAAUUACAAGCUCCCAGGCGGUGGCAAAGUGUGUAGGUUCUUGAUUAGUUUUUUGCUUUUGGAGUUUGCCCAUGACCCAAGGUGUUGUUCUUGGAGCUUUGUUUGGCACCUUGUUUGUCCCUUGGAACACCUCAACUUCCCCAAAUAUUGCAUUUUUGGCUGCUUUUUUCUCUUCUUCUCCAUCUUGCAAGGCAGCAGCGACUUUCACAAACCAGGAAAUUCCUCGGUUUCCGCAAGACAUUUCUUCCUCCCUUUUUUAAAUCCUUGCAAUAAUUCAGAGCCUUGGGGUUUAGAGGUUUAGGCAUUCCUCGCUCUUGCGUUCUUGGGUUUGAUGGUUGUGGAACCAAUCCAGGAAUAGUUAGAGUUGUUCAUUUCACCUCCCAAGAAGACGAAGACGAAGAUGAAGUGAUCAUUUGAGUACUAGUAGUAGUUCUUGUUGAGGCGUUGAAAUGUCAUCUUCCUGCAUACCGGCCGGCCUGCUGCUGGACCUGGACAUGGUGAAGGCGGCGGCGUCGCCGGGCGCGCACUCGUCGCCGCUGCGCCCGGUGCAUUCGUCGCCGUCGUCGACGCUGUCGGAGGCGUCGAACGCGUCGUCGUCGGCGACAUCCGUGUCGCUGAAGCGCGCGCGCGCGCCGCGGAAGCGGCCGAACCAGGCGUACAACGAAGCCGCCGCGCUGCUCGCGUCCAUCCACCCCUCCGUCUUCCCCGUCAAGAAGAGCCCCAAGACGUCCCCGCGCUCGCCUGCGCGGCAGCUCUCCGACCUCGCCGCAGCGUUCGACCCUUCCUCCGACCUCCUCCCACCGCUCCCCGUGCUCGCCGACUCCGCAUUCCUGCUCCGGGACAUGCCGGCGCCGACGACGCAGCCGCAGAGCCCGUCCGGCGCCAAGAACUGCUCGUCACCGGCUCCUGUGAGCAGCGUGUUCCGGGACUUCCGCGACCCGGCGCCGUCACCAGCGAGCCCCGACACCGUCGACGAGCUUGGAGAAAUCGACUUCGACGACGACGGCUUCGACGCCGAGUCCAUUCUCGACAUCGACGAGGCCGCCGAAGGCAUCGACGGCAUCAUGGGCAGCCUCACGGUCGAGAGCAACACAGCCACCACGUCCGAUGACUCCAUCCUGUCCAGCUCCGGCAUACACCCCUACCUCAGGAGCCUCAUGGUGGUCGGCCUCGCCGGCAGGUUCGAGCUCGGCCUCGGGUUCCAGCAGGGCACUCGGCCCAACCUCAACUGUGCACUUAAGCGCCGGGAUGACGACGGUGCCUGGUGGAUGUGGCCGGCCGUGUCGGUGAAGGACCUAACGGUUACGCCGCCACCACCAUCAGCACCGGCAGCGUCGAACACCGCAAUGCCACAAGCACCAGCGGCGCCAGAGAAGAAGAAAAGCAAGAAGAAGAAGGUGGUGAAGGUGGAGAAGGUGAUGGCGAAGGGGAAGGAGGAACUGCCCUACGCGAAAUGCAAGGAGGAAGCUGACGUCUCAGUGGAUGCUGCUAAUGGCGAUGCCGAUGCUGACAGCAUGCCGACGAAGGCGCCAAAGACCGGGUUGGGGCUGAAGCUGGACACCGACGAGGUGCUCAAGGCGUGGUCCGACAAAGGGUCGAUGUUCGCCGAGGGCAGCGGGCCGGAGUCGCCGACGUCGGCCGCCGACGUGCGGGCUAAACUUACAGACAUCGAUUUAUUUCCUGAGAAUGGAGCUGGUGGUGGCAUCAGGGAAGCCAGUGUCUUGAGGUAUAAGGAGAAGAGGCGCACCCGGCUGUUCUCGAAGAAGAUCCGGUACCAAGUGCGGAAGGUGAACGCCGACUGCCGGCCUCGGAUGAAGGCAAGCACUAGAACUGAUUAUAAAGCAUAAAAGAUCUAUUCGUAAGGGAAGGUUUGUUAGGAGCCCAUCUCUUCUUCAGCAAGCCCUGGAGGAGGAGAGCUAGACACUGAUACCUGCUAGCCUUUUUAUCAGCACCUUUUUUUGGCCUUUUAGUUUCUUAUUAGAUAAGAGAUGUGAGUGAGAAUUUCCCCCGCUUUUGUUUCUCCCUUUUUUUUUGGUUUUGCCUUGGAGAGGAUAGAGAUAGCUGUCUCAAGUUUACAAUGUGAGGUAAAGGAAGGAAAUAAAGUGAUGUUAGAAUA